GUCUCCAUUGGCAUCAUCCUCGUCACCAGCGCGUUCGGCAUCUCUGCCCCCAUCGCCCUUGCUCGCGUCUUCCAUGGCCGCCCUGCCUACGAGCUCGCGCUGCUCUUCAUCAAGUACUUCGCUGCCGGAGUUAUCCUUUUCUACCUCUUUGAUACAUGUCCUCCCUGAAGCCUUCGCUGCCCUUUCUAAUUGCCAGCUCGCUAGCCCCUAUUCGUGGCGGGAUUUCCCUUUCUCCAGCUUUGUUUCCCUCAUCGGUGCCUUGCUUGCCCUUCUUGUUGACUUCUCUGCCACUGCCCACGCUACUGAGCCGUCUUCCAAGCCUGGGUAUACGCCGAUCGGGUCAGCAGAGGCAGGGAAGGCGUUGGCGAUUUUGGUCGAGAUGGGUUGUCAUGGAGUGGCAGCCGUGGGGGAUGAGGAGGAGAGAUUAGAGAAAUUGAAGCAGAGUAUGGUGUCGCAAGUGCUGUAGAUUGGGAUUGUUUUCCAAUCGGUGAUUAUUGGUGUCACGAUGGGGAUGUCACAGAAUCGGUGCACGAUUCGGUCGCUUGUUGCGGCACUGGCGUUUCAUCAUAUAUUCGAGAGUAUGGGUCUCGGCGGAUGCAUCGCGCAGGAUUUGAUAAGCUUGUUGGGUGCCUUAAAUGAUGGAAGACACUCAGUUUGAGCAUAUUCAAUCAAAUUGUCAUCUAUUGCGCACUUAUGAAUUCUUAAAAGAUAUUUAAGUUUCUGGUGAUGAUUCUUCUUUUACCAUUUAGUUCUCAUUCUGUUUUUGCAUGGUUGUUUGUCAGUAGCUAAUGAAAGCUCCAGUCAGUAGUCACAAACUGGUAUACCCUCACUCAUCUGCAAGCAUAUUCUAUACAUGUUUCCAUCAUUUGCUUGUUGAACUUACUUAUCCGAAGAGUUCUUAUAUCUGUGGAUCUGCUCAGCAAUAUAAAGUCUACCUGCUUUUACAUCUGCAAUCCUGGUUCAUCGGGUCUUGACAUUGCUUAGUUUUAGUUGCUUAGAGCGUAAUGCUUAAAUGCUCCUUCUCUGCUGCAGUUAGGAAUGAUAUUAUGCUAAUGAAAUUUCAAUAUUUAUUUGCAUUCCUCGCUCAGGCUUAGUUUUAGUUGCUUAGAGACUGCAUGAAUUUGUUUCAUGAAAUAUCUUCCAUACUGUCACUGGUUUCCUAGCUCCCUCCACCUAAAGAAAGUAACCCUUUGUAUGGUAUCAAGUGCAUAAUUUGACUUUUUUUCUUGUAAACAUCUAUAUGUUGAUUUCAAUUUUCUUCCUUAAUCCUACUAAUUCCUCACUUUUGAAGAUGCUAAUUUGAUUCUCUGUGUUGUUGGUGCAGUUGAUGAUAAUGACAUCAAGAUUGAGGGUUCUGCAUUUGACUGUUUCUCAAAAUUUUCUGUUUAAUAGUCUGUAUAUUUAAAAAAAAAGGAAACAAGCCAUAUGCCCUGGAGAGUCUCAACUAAGUGUAUUUAAAUUGUCAGUAAAACACAUAAAAGACCCAUUGACAGCUGGGCUGUUAAUUGACACUCUUCUACAGUUUUUCAGACAGAAAGCGAAAAUUCAUGAUGACUAUUUGGAAGGUUUGCAUGUGGUCAAAGAUAUCCUUCCUGUUUUAGAUGACAAAAAAAAUGGGAAACAUUUUAAACACAAUCCAUCCACUUCUUACGCAUGUGGACUUGGAUCUGCAUUUGCUUAUAUGUGAUAUUCUUGAUGGCCUAGUGAUGAAUGACCCAUUUUUGACUUUCCUGGCAAAACUUUUACGUCGACUGAAUGCUGUAUCAGUAUCAUCCAUAGAAAUUGGUGAGCCUGAUUAUGACACUAGAGUUGAGGCUUAUGGAUCAAUAAAGUCAGAGUUAUUUUCCGUGCUCAAAGAAGAUCAUGCAUUGAUAAUUCUGUCUCAAUGUGUAUAUGAUAUGUCAUCUGAAAAACUGGUCUUCUGGCAAAAUGCAUCAAGGGCCUUAUUAUCGUUUGUACAGUUUGCUGGGCCAAUUUUAAAUUCGGAGAAAAAGUAUUGUGAUGAAAUAAUCUCCAAAUUUGAGCUACAAGAUGACGAAGUAAAUACUACUCAAAGACCAAAUGAGACUUGUGUUACUUGGAUGAAGGUCUCCAUUCAGAUGAUCAUAGAGAACAUUUUUCUGUCCAAUAUGAGGGAAGCCAUGAAGAAGGAUAUCUCUGUGCAAAAAAUACAUAGGAGAAUAAAGGCAUUAGCACAUUUCAGGAAUGUUAUCAAUGUGGGAAACAUAUCUGAGGAUUAUGAAUGAAUGGCUGGAGCAUAAUUUUCAGAUUAAUAAUGCUGCGCAGCCGGAUGAAAAUAUAAUUAUUCACAGAGAAGAUUGCAUAACGCCCAUCAGUCUGACUGUCGAAGGCCCAAGUCGUAUUGGUAAAACUGCUUGGGCCCGUUCACUUGGUAAGCACAAUUAUAUAUGUGGCCAUCUGGAUUUCAAUCCAGCAACUUAUCAGCAAGAUGUGCUGUAUAAUGUAAUUGAUGAUGUAUCUCCAUCGUAUCUACGGCUGAAGCACUGGAGAGAGCUUAUUGGUUGUCAAAGAGACUGGCAAACUAAUUGCAAAUACGGUAAACCGAUCCAUAUAAAACGUGGUAUACCGUCUAUUAUACUAUGUAACCCAGGUAAUGAUUCAAGCUACAAAGAAUACCUGGACAAAAAUGAAAAUACAGGUCUGUGUGAUUGGACAUUGAAAAAUGCCAAGUUUGAGUUCUUAUAUAACCCCCUGUUCCAAUCGGCCCAAGCCCAAGACAGCAAUACUAGUCACUCGUCUGGAUGUUCGGUCUGAAUAUGGACAAUAGAACUGGAGAACUACUCACAGAGGAACAUGCAAAUACGGGUGUAUUCUACUGGCAACUACGUAAUCCUCUGUAUUUCAGGGUCAAAGAUCACAUGGACAGACCAUGCAACAACAACUGGGACAGAAUCACAAUGGAGAUCAAAUUCAACUACAAUCUUCGUAGGGCUCUACGUAUAAAUAAAUGUUGGUUGUACUUUCGUAUAUGGACCACACUACGUCCACGUACUGAGAAUUUUUUACAUGUAUUUAGAUGUAAUGUAAUGAAUUUCCUUAAUAGUUUCGGGGUUAUUUCUAUUAAUUCUGUAAUUAGAGCUGUUACACAUUUCGUGGCCCGGUUCGAAAGGCAUAUCAUAGACGUAGAGAAUUCGGCCCAUGUUCA